AUGGGUAACGUAUGCUCUUGGUCAGCGGGUGACCCAGCGGAACGCCAUUUGAAGCACGUUGUUAAGCAGCUGGAAGACGAGUAUCCAUGGGCACGGAAGCAGUGGCUACGGAAACAAGUCCGCGCUGUGGACGGCGAUCUCGAGCAGGCGCGUAUCGCCAUCGAGCAGAAAAUUGGCGGGGCACGCCCUUUCGUUGAAGCGCACGUGUCGGAUGUCUAUGGCAAAGGUGGAGAUAUCUCGCACGGACCCGUCAUCGAACGAGGGAAGGCGUACCGGAGGUCAGAGGGCGCCGCGAAGCGGAGCUCGCGCGCAAGUCACGCACAGCAGGCAGACGCAGGGCCCGACAUGCAGCUGGUUCCACCCUCGAUGCCUUUACCCGGCACGUGGCCAGCCGCCGGGACACCGGAUCCUUCCGAACGCGUGAUAACGACCCUUUUCAAUUGGAAUGGUUCUGGGGAAGCUUCGCACCCUAUUGCAGGCCUCAUGCUGCGGCAACUGACUCGCAUGCGUUUCAUCGAUGGCAUUCGAAAAGCCCGAAUGGCCUUGUCAGUCUCGAAUAUACAUGUCGAGACUUGUGCGGAGCCUCUUGAGGAUGCACCAAGAGCCGCAGAUGCGAUCGCGUUGGAGGAGGACGCGCGCUCCCGCACCAGCGCUAGAGUCACGCGUGCUGUCUCGAGCCAGCGACGUCGUCGAAGCACCAGUGUUCGUCGACGCACGACCGUGGGUCUCGAUCAGCGCUAUCGAGGGUCCGGGGGCGCGAUACCCGCUGCUGUAAGCCCUGAACAGGCGUCAGCGGCUGCGUCCUCAGAUUCUACUGGAAUGGUACUUGUGCUAGACAUGGUAACCUUAUCUAUCGUGACAAGUCUGUGCCGGUUGCAGCAGCUUCGACAGCUGGGCAUUGAUACCGUUCAGGUACUGAACGAUCGGAAAUCGCCAGUCGGACGAAACGGCUCGACACCAGCAACAACUGCAGCAUCUGUGAUGACGUUCACUUGUACCGAUGCGAGCCGGAACGCGCACCGAGGUGAUGCCAUCAAGCCGCACAUCUAUUUCGUGACCUCAGUGCCAGCAUCCGUGGAAGCGAUGGCCUUGCAUCUGGAAACCACUGCAAAGGCCAGACUGUCCGAAGGAGCGGACUCCAUUCAAGAUGCCGUCCUCAUCAGCGGACAUCUCCCCAAUGAGGCACUCGGCCUUGUGCGUCAACAGCUGGCACACACGUCACUGCUUCAGCGACUGGGGUGCUUCAUGGAAAUUCGUUUGGAUUAUGUAGCAAUAGAGGAGGGACUUUUUCACUUUUGCCACCCGAGUGCACUGAUCGAUCUCUUUCCCGCUUCACGCAGCAAAACGGAGCGUCUCCGCCAGGAGCGUUGCCUUGCCAUCGAAGCGCAACAACUUGCCUCGGUUUGCGAGGUAAUGGCUGGUGUCGAGGACGGAUCGCCCUGGCUCGGAAAUGUGUAUUUUGUCCGUGGCGCCGGGACCGAAGACCCCGCCUCGAGACUCGCGAGCGAAAGCCUUGUCGGCGGCGCGGCGCCAGCCGAACAACUCGCCCAGUUGCUUGCGCACGAGCUGCGGCGUCGAUGGGCAUCAAACAUGCCGCACGCCACCCAGGCUGCCGAGGCCUCCGUCUCGAAAACCGAAACAGGCCCUGCACUGACAAGCCGUUUGGCGGAGCUGGCUCCGGGGAAACGCCCCGGACCUGUAGACGUUCUGAUUUGCGAUCGAACGGUGGAUCUGGCGACGCUGUUCAUGCACGACUUUCACUACGCUGCAAUGGCGAUGGACCUCUGCGAGGGAUCGCAAAAUGCCUGCGCUCGCGUCCGCAUUCCCUUGACUGAAAUCGGGCUGGAAUGGGAUCUCCACGAACCGAUCAGCGCUGCGGAAGUCGAUCUCGACGAGGAGCUGGAUACGAUCUGGCGUGAAGUGCGACAUCGGCAUAUUGCGGAUGCGGUCGAUGCGCUUUCCGCGACCUUUGACGCUUAUCUGGACGCGGAGCCUGGCGUUGCGGCAGUCAUACGUCAACCCCAGAGGCGAAACCUGGACGCCGAAUCGGCACAGCGUCCCGAAUGGUACCGGAUCCCGCAGGCAAGGGCGGCGUGCGCGACCGCCCAAGAGGCACUCGAUACGUUCCUAGCACAUUUCGCGCUUAUAGAGGUUCUGUUGACACGCUUCUCCGACUGGUCUCUGGACCGUGUCGCUGCCAUGGAGCAGGAUCUGGCCUGUUGUCGAACGAGUCGAGGCCGACGCUUCCGUCAUGCACUGAGACGAGCACUUGCUGUUGCCGAGCAUCCGAACGUUCGCGUUAUGGACAAGCUACGCGUCGCGCUGCUCUAUCUGGUGACUCAGGACGUUGGAGCCGGUGAUCUCGAGCGUCUCCUGGAAGUUCUGCGCGGCUACACGAUUCCGAGCUCCUUUACCAACGAUUUCAUUGAUGGUGGUGUGGGCGACGCAAGGCGUGCGCCCGCAAGCAUUCGGGCUGAUAUCGCCUUGCGGACUGUCUGGGACUAUCUCAGUGUCGCACUUGGUACAGAGAUGCGCAAGAGCCGAGCGGAACGGCGUGAACGACGAGAGCGCUCUCGUUCGCGUUCGCGUUCUCGAACACGCCGCGACAGUUGGAGCAACCUAUCCACUCGUGGGCCCGGCGAUGAGGGCAGCGCUGACGAGGCUAGCGAUGACUUUGAGCUCUGCCGCUACAACAACCGUCUGGCAGUGAUCCUACGUCAGUUCGCGGAGAACGUCUUCCGGCCCGAGUGUGCGUAUCCGCUCGCAACGGAUCUUGGUGCGGCUCCGAGUCCCAAGUAUACCUCACCGGUAACACCACGUUCUGGGGCGCCCUCUGGACUGAAGCCGUCUCCAGUGGUGUCGCAGACUCCGUUGCACGCCGCAGGUCAGAGCGGAAACGGCGCACUUGCUGGCGCGACUUGCGAACCGACGCUGAUCGUGUACGUAGCCGGGGGUAUCAUGCCCAGCGAGGCCCGAGAUGUAUACCGUUUCGCGCAACGCACCGGUCGUGUCGCAGUUGCUGGUGGUUCUUGCAUGCUCACACCACGGGAAGUACUGGCCCUGCUUUGCCGUAGAGAAGCCGUUGCGCCGUAA